GGUCUCCCUACGACCCCCCCACCCCAUGCAGCCGCUGCUCCCCCUUCAGCCAGGCAAAGUGAAGAGUCAGCAACUUCCCAGCGCCCACUAAAACGCUCAACAGCCCAGGAAGCGUAGAGCGCAGGCGCUGACAAGGACAGGGUGUUACGGGGCAUCCUGGGAAAUGUAGUUCGCACACUGCUGCCUGCCGAAGGGGGCCCUUGGAUCCCAGCUGCCAGCUGCACUACCAGUCCCGGAAUGCCCCGCGCGACGUUGCGAGCCGCCCCAGUUGAAGCGGGUGGCGGCGGAGGGGACCCAAAAAAACAAAACACAAACAAACACAAAAAACAAAAAAACCACACCGCAACCCAAAACAAGGAAAUGGUGCAGGGAGGGGGUUCCGGGCGCUGGGGGCGCUGAUCCCGCCGCGCCCCCCUGCCCCAUGGGUGAGCCAUGGACUACGAGUUCAAAUCCAAGCUGGCGGCCGAGCGCGAGCGGGUGGAGGAUCUGUUCGAGUACGAGGGCUGCAAAGUGGGGAGAGGCACCUACGGGCAUGUCUACAAAGCGCGGCGCAAGGACGGAAAAGAUGAAAAGGAGUAUGCACUGAAGCAAAUUGAAGGUACAGGGAUAUCGAUGUCGGCCUGUAGAGAGAUUGCACUUUUACGAGAAUUGAAGCACCCCAAUGUGAUUGCAUUACAGAAGGUUUUCCUUUCUCACAGUGAUAGAAAGGUUUGGCUGCUGUUUGAUUAUGCCGAACAUGAUUUGUGGCAUAUUAUCAAGUUUCACCGUGCCUCAAAAGCAAAUAAAAAGCCCAUGCAGUUGCCAAGAUCUAUGGUUAAAUCACUACUCUACCAGAUCCUUGAUGGAAUCCAUUACCUCCAUGCAAACUGGGUGCUUCACAGGGACCUGAAACCAGCAAACAUUCUGGUAAUGGGAGAAGGUGCUGAAAGAGGAAGAGUCAAAAUAGCCGACAUGGGUUUUGCAAGAUUGUUCAAUUCACCUCUGAAACCUUUAGCAGAUUUGGAUCCAGUUGUGGUGACAUUCUGGUAUAGAGCUCCAGAACUGUUACUUGGUGCCAGACAUUACACAAAAGCAAUUGAUAUAUGGGCAAUUGGGUGUAUAUUUGCUGAGCUAUUGACUUCAGAACCUAUUUUUCACUGUCGUCAGGAAGACAUCAAAACGAGCAAUCCUUUUCAUCAUGAUCAGCUAGACCGCAUUUUUAGUGUAAUGGGAUUCCCAGCAGAUAAAGACUGGGAAGAUAUAAGGAAGAUGCCAGAAUAUCCCACACUUCAAAAAGAUUUUAGGAGAACAACAUAUGCCAAUAGUAGCCUCAUAAAAUACAUGGAGAAACACAAAGUCAAGCCUGACAGCAAAGUUUUCCUUUUGCUUCAAAAACUUCUUACCAUGGAUCCUACAAAGAGAAUUACCUCAGAGCAGGCUUUGCAGGAUCCCUAUUUCCAGGAGGAUCCACUGCCUACGUCAGAUGUAUUUGCUGGCUGCCAGAUUCCUUAUCCAAAACGAGAAUUCCUCAAUGAGGAUGAACCUGAAGAAAAAGGAGAUAAGAAUCAACAGCAACAGAAUCAACAUCAGCAACAAACAGCACCUCAGCAGCAACCGCAAGCAGCACCUCAGCAACAGCAGCAGCAACAGCAAAACAGUACCCAGACAAAUGGGACUGCAGGAGGAGGUGGAGCAGGAGGAGGCGGCACUGGGGCAGGACUUCAGCACAGCCAGGACUCCAGCCUCAAUCAGGUGCCUCCAAAUAAGAAACCACGCAUAGGGCCUUCAGGCACUAACUCAGGCGGGCCUGUCAUGCCUUCAGAUUAUCAGCACUCCAGUUCACGCCUGAGUUACCAAAGCAACAUUCAGGGAUCUUCUCAGUCCCAGAGUACAAUGGGCUAUUCCACAUCAUCUCAACAGAGCUCUCAGUAUCAUCAGUCUCAUCAGUCUCAUAGGUACUGAGACCUAAUAGACUGCGCUUAGAAAGGAAUGGACUAAAAGUCAAAAGACUCCAGCAAUAUGAAGUUCCUAACAAUGAGAAGAACCAAAAAUGCAAACUGUGAUACAGAUUUAAAGUUCACAAUUAUAAAAGGAAAACUUUAUUUACUGAAGAUUUUUUUUUCAAUGACUCUGUUCCUUCUUUAUUGCCAUAAAGGAGAUUCUUGUGAAGUGCCCCCUGCCCUCCCGCGCUUCCCUCGCAUGUGUUCCAUUGUGGUAACUCUAAUGAAACCGUCUGAUCUGAACCCAGCACUUAACUUCUUUAAUCUUUGGAAUUUUUGAAGGAUUCCUGGUGCACCUUUCUCAUGCUGUAGUGAUCGCCAUAAAUCUAUCUUUUCAAAUCUCUUUAAUGGGAUUUUAAAGUUUUAAAAUCUUGAACUCCCAGGCUUUCAAGCUUGUAUAUAGUUAGUUUUAUACUAGGCAAACCAGUUUAGCUAUACAGGUAUAAUGCACCUUUUAAAAGCACUAUGUUUUUUUCACAAGAUAUUACUGUUUUCCUCAUGGAUGUCAAGAACAGCAAAUUUUACUGUUCCAGAGUAUUUUACUAUUCUGUUUGUAUUAGUCUAGUAUUCAGGCGACGUCUUAGGGGGGGAAAAAAACAAAAAAAAAACCAACCCAAGUCUCUGCAGCAGCUAAUGUGCUUCAUGGUACUGGACUGUACACCAAACAGAAGAUUGUGAAUGUUUCCUAAAUCUUUCAUGUUGAAUCCCAUACAUAUUAUGACCAUGUUCUGAGUAGUGUUGAAUUAAGCAUUAUUUUAAACUAAAGCAUGAUACUUACAUGAAAAUGAGAUGCUUUCGGAGCGCCAUUGGAACAGAGAAAUGGAAUGCAAUGGAACGUCUUCUCUGGCUGGGCACCCAAAAUAGCCAGGAAAAUAUAUUUAGUGCCCUAUGAUCUCAGCAGAAGAGAGAAUGUGGUUGAGGACUUAUACUAGUCCUUGUUUAAAAAAACAAAACUAAACAAAACAAAAAACCAGUUCUUUAAUGUGUGUGGGAGCUCUAUAUAUCUGGCUUCUCUGAUGCAGUCUCCCUUUGUCAGUUUCCCCAAAUCAAUUAUCUAAGUAUAAAGAUGACAAAAAUGUAAAGGAUUAUAAAAUAAAAACAAAUAAUUGUCCAUUUUUAUAUACAAUCAUCAAAUUUAAGAGAACUUACUGUAUGUUUUGAAGAGCAUGUUGAAAAUUGUCUUCAUUUUUCAUGUUUAAUAACGCAAAUUCUUUAUUCUUCACAUUGCUGUGAUUAAUCCAGAUUGGUUGCACUGAAAUGUUUCUUUUUCCCAAGAGCAAACACGUUGUGAUUGUGCCUAAGGACCAUAAGUGGAUGGGUUACUAGCAGUCUAUCCCAGGUAAAUAAUUAGAGCUUGCAAGCAUAAUCGGAGGAUCAUUAUCCAACAUUCGGCACCACAGGUAUUCAGAGACACAUAAUGUAUAAUUUGGAGCAGCUCCAUUUUCCUUCUGUGUUUAGAAAUAAGGCUGAUGAAUUUGAUUGCACUAAAACUGGAAAGACAUUCACGUACUUUAGAAUGUUCUUCGCUGUAUGAGCAGCACCAGUCUUUUUUAAUUGAUAGCUGGAGAAGAGUCAAGAAAGGAGCAAAUUAUGUUUAAGCAAUGAUAUUGCGGACAUUUACACUACACAGUGCGAUAUCAUGGUUAGUUGUGUUCUAUCCUGAAUCCAUGCAAGACUUUAGACAUAAACACUAUACAUUCCACAACAAAAUUGUGAUAGAAGCUAGGCAGGUGGUAGAUCUGUUUGCUCUGAGGAGAAUUUUUUUUGUCCCAGUUAGCGUAAUAAAUAUUUCCAUUGAGAGUGUGCUCCCAGUCACCUUAAAUGCUUUUUUCCUCUCACAAAAAUGUUUUGCUUUUAUAACCAGUUGGAAACCUGGUUUGGCCACACCAGCUGCCACAAGACUUUGCUCUGUUUGCCGAUGGCACCAGGCUUCUCUGGAAAGUGAUUGAAGAUAGCAUGGGCAGGAAGUGAUAAAAAUGAGAUGAAGCAAUUUGAAGGAAAAUAUAAAUUAGGACAAAACCAUCUCCUAUUGGAUACUUUCCACCUUUAUUCUUUGUGAUACUACAUGGCCUGUGCUUCUGCGUAACUUAGUUGGCAGGAACUGAUUUUAAUUGUUAGUAAAUUUUUUUACCUGCUUGCAAUAUAUCUGGGCUCGAAAGAUGCAAGUCCCCACCUCUUAAUGAUGUCAGUGGGAGUCCCAUGUCUGUCUGAAGGAGAAUUUUGCCCCUGCCCUACAACAACAUUUAUUGGAUAUUCUUGUGACUGGCUUCCAGUUUUCUGGAUAUCAGGCUCCGGACAUUGUCUCCUGGUCAUUGUCUCCUAUCUUCUUCAUAGCCCUCUGUCCUCUCAAAACACCAUUGCCUAUUGUAACACAAUAGUUUAACAUUUGUCCCCCUCCCACCUGCUUUUAUUCAUCAUCAAAUUAUUGAUGGUGGCAGGGGGACAAAAAUCUGCUUGUAAUUAAGCUGGCCUCUUAUAGUGCCAGCAAAGCUGUAUCAUAGUGUAGGCUCAUGAUGUGUGGAAUGCAAAGAUACACAGCAUUAUAAUGUUCUUUAAUUCAAUGAGCUUCCAUCCCCUAGAAUGACUGACUGCUAUCACCAUUGUCUAAACUGAAUAGAUAAUUCUGUAUUUGCUAGAUCUAAAUUGCUUGCUGUGCUUUAGCCCCUUGCAGCUUCUGUGCACGUGCAAAGCUGAGCUAACUCCUCCAUUGCCUUCAAAAUAUAAGUAGAAAGGAGAAUAAAUAAAAGCAGUGGUUACUGCUUAAAAAUGUUUACUGUGCACGUUUGCUCGCUUUCUCUCUCUUUGUCAGUUGGUGUUCGGAUAUUUGGCUUUUUCUGGUGAGCUAUGUGUGAAUUUCAGGGUGGAUGGGAGCCAAGAUGAGAGAGACUUGUUAAGGGGUAAUUUCAUGAGGAAAAAUGCUCUUUGUAUUCAGAGGUUAAUCAUGUAAUAUGUUAUGGGAACCCAGGAUCAUGUAUAUUUUUCUACCUGUGGAGUUUUGGUACUUGACACUUAUUAUUCACAGUUUUGACCUUACCCAUAACCUCUGUGUGCCCUCAGAAAGGUAUUUCACACUGGCAACUAGAAAUGGAAAGUGACAUCAACUUGAUUGUUUUCUCAUUCCUGUUCCCUUGGUGAAACAGUGGACAGUCAAAUACCAUCCUGCAAUAUUUCUCAUCUGGUUUUUGGAGAAGACAGGAGAGUGAGGAAUGGGAUUAGCAGCAUAGUCUACAUUGGUGAAGUUUAUGUAGCACAAACUGCACAAUGAAGGAAGAAUAUUGUGAAAGCUGCGAGUCCUGCACUGUAUCUGUGACACUGUAUCUUUUGGGGGGAGGGGGAGGGAAGAGCAAUCUGAGGGGAGGGUUGGGGGUAGCUUGAAGUAUUCAGAUAUGUCUAAUAUUUUAUAUAAACAUAUUAAAGCUUAGUUCCCCUUCAUAAUCUUCAGUAAUGGUACUUAAACACCAUUAAGCAAAGAAUUGUUUUAGGAUUAAAUAAAUGUAUUGUACAUAAGGCCAUAUGUAAUCUUCUAAAAGUGUCGCCACACAGGAGCGAUAUGUAUUACUAUAUGAAAAAAAUCCUUAAUGCACUGUUAUCUCCUAAAUAUUUAGUAGUAAAUUAAUACUAUUUAAUUUUUUUAAAAACCUGUCUUGUGUAGACACUAAAAAGUAUUACACAAAAUGUGGACUGAAGAUGUCCUUUUAAACAGCAAUUUAAAGAACUUUUUAUCUGUGUAAUGUAGUAUACUUUUCAAAUUGUUCUAGUUUGUGUUCUCCCAUGUUUGCUAUUGGUGGAAGUGUGUCUGUUGCUCUUCAGUUAUUUUUUUAUAAUUUCAUGCACGUAUCCUUCAUUUUUGUAGUUUUUAUUAUAGAUUACUGCAUAUGCUCUUCCUGCUGCCACAAAGCUUUGCUGCUUUAGCUCUAUGGUGGCCACAUACAGCAAUACCCAUGCUGAUGGGUUUGCAAAAACACAAAAUAAAAUAUUUGUUUCUCAUUCUAGAGCUAAGAGUUUACUGCUUUUAAGUUGUCCUCAUGUUGCUCUUGAAAUGACUGUUAAAACUGAACUAUAAGUUCAUUGCAUUUAUUUUAUAUUCCUGGUUGUCAUGAAAUUGAAUUGACUUUGCUUCAGUGUGAAUUUUUUUAAUACAAAUAAUAUACAUUUGUAAUAAUAAUAAUAAUAAUAAAAGGUUCAAAUCAAAGAAGUGUGCUGGAAAGUUGUGAACAUAAGACACUGAGUUACAAAAGAAGCAAUGUAUCCUGCCGAGUUGUGACCUGUAAUUGUAUUCAGAUGUUUAUAUCAUCAUAAACCACACAAAACAGAGCUUGUAAAACCUCCAGUUUGGACUUAUAGCCUUUUUAAAUACCCAAGAGGGUAUUCGUGUUUUGUAUGUACGGAAAUAGAAUGAAGCUUUAUGGAAAAACAAAACAGGUGGAAUGCUUGGUGUACUCUCUGAAGUGAUUUAGCAUGCAGCUUGGAUACCACUUAUAAAAAUAUAAAAC